CUCACCUUGUUAUAAAUAGUUCUGUAGUAACAGCCAAUUAUCAUCUAGUAGAUUACAAGGAAAUAUUCUGAUUCUAGAAUUCUUUGGGUGUCUAAUGAAGGCAGACAUAUGUGAGAAGUAGGAAAUAAUCACAGGGUUGUCAGGGGUCUAGAAAACGAUUUCAAUUAUUUAUGACUUAUUUGGAAUUGGUUUUAAAAAUUUUAAACAAAAAUUUAAAGGUGGAUAAUUAUAGAUUAAAAAAAGAAUAAAGGAAGAAUACAGGGAUUAGGUACUAUCAAGCUGCUGAGCUCAUUAUAACUUUGGGGCAGUUAAUUUGUUUCUAGAAGUUUCAUUGGAGCUAAGGCAAGAGCUCCCUACACAGAAGCAUGUACUAAGUUUCAAGUAAGAGGCAUGGACCUCAUAACUACUAUGUUUGCAAGAACAGGCCCCUAGAGGCUGGGGUGAUCAUGGAGGAGGGACUUGGAACUCAGCUCUCAAAAAAGAUCACCCUAACCGCCCAUCAUGACUGCUGCGGAAGUUAUGUCUGAUAAAGCAGAAGGUCACAUAUUAGAGAUCACCAAGCAAGAUUUUUUUCAAGAAGCAAAAACUCUCAUUGCCCAACAUUAUGAGAAAGUAAAUGAGAAUAAAGUUCAAAGUACUUCUAUAAAUGUUUUUAGAAAUAAACAUCAAAAACCAAAAUCUGUAAAAUUCAUACCUUUGGAGAUUAAAAAAGAGGAAACACUUGAUGGGGUCCAAGAACUUUGGACGGCACACAAAAAGAUUUGUUUUCCCAAACACCUGUUCAAAAGGGAACAUUUUGAGGAGACCCCUCAACAAACUUCUUUUAAGGAGCCAUGCAUGUUUAGUGUAAAGGAAAAAUUCAAGGACUCGUUGGAUCUAAUUGCGAAAGAACAAGUUAAACUGGGUAAAAUAGUGACUAAUAUUGAAUCAGUGAGUAAAAAAAUGGAGAAAGAAAAGCAUCAGCACCAUGUUAAGUCCAGAUUGUUGGUCUCACCAUAUGCCGUCCCCAUCAACUUUGGCUUGCCCUUACAACCCAUGACCACCUCUUCCAUGGGAUUUCCGAAAGAACAUGAUAAAACAUUCUACGAUUGGAGAGGAAUUAUGUCAACAAAGCCUUCCCGUUUGACUCCUGACUCCAGCUGGCCUAGUUUGUGUGGGCCAUCAUCAAUGUUUCGGGAUUACCAUUCUAAAACCUUACUGAAGAAAGAGCAACAGCCUAUCCAACCAGAACCAAAGCCACCCAGGUCAAAAUCUAUUCUAACUAAAAGUGGCAAACUUGACAAUAAAGUUAAAAGAAUUGGACCACACAUAGAAAUCUUCCAAGUGUUCCGGGAAAGGAACAAAUUCAUAAAUACCAAAAAAAUAGUGAAAAUGAUCACCAUCAUGCAGGCCUAUGUCAGAGGGUGGCUGGAACGCAGAAGAUACCAGAGAAUAAUGAUCAAGGCUUUGCAUCAUGGACCAAAUUUGAGAGCAGUUAUAAACAUGUAUCAUAGACUAAUCCAUCGUGUUAAAUAUCGACUUGGUCUGUGGAGGACAAGACAAGUUAUAAACUUUGUAGAGCUGGAGGAAUGGAUGGACAGAAAAAAAUUCUAUGAAACAAUGUUUGCUAAGAGAGAAGAUUGGCAAGGAUUGGAAAGAAGCGAGCUCCUUAAAUUCUUCAAUGAGUGUGGUCAUUUCCCAAUCCAGCAACAGAUUGAUGAAGUUUGGGACCUGGUCCAUAAAGAAGACCGUGACAGAUAUUCUCAACUCCUCAAGAAGUACAAUGCGAUUGAAAUGUUAUUUACACUCUAUCCUCCUCAAGGUGCCCAUGUGUGUAAAAAUAUACGACUUAGGUCAACUUGGCUGAGACCCGUAGUAAAUGGGGAAGAAGGAUAUAAAUAUAUAGGCUUGUUUAAUAUAGCUCCAGAGGAAAAAAAAUUUGGAAUGAUGAAGCAGAAGAUAACAAGGCAGUGUUCAUUCAGCAUACAAAGAAAGAUAUCCCAGAGAACAUUAGUCAUGAGGAGUGAAUAUCUAUCUAUCCUGGCUGUGCAUGUUUUGUGAGACAGCUAACCAAAGAAGUCACAGCAGAGUUCUCCACCAAGGUAGACCAAGGCUUGGCUGUCCCCAUCUUCCACUGACAUCUUAGGACAAGCAAGAGUGAUUCAGGUUCCAGAUUCAAGGUCUCCUUUCAGGAAAAGAGGUCAUUCCACCUUCAUCUAUAAGAUGACAUUCUAGCUCAAUCAGCUGCAGCACUACUUAUUUAAGACAAGAGAAGAAGGUGAAAGGAGAACAAGGCAAUUACAAGGACAUAAAUACCACAUUUCUAUCUGUGGAGGAAGUGCUGCAUAAGAAACGUGCUCAGAGAAAGGAGCUCAGUGCCCAAGAGGAACAAGGACAGACCUCACACAAUGACACAUCCUAGAUAAGUAUCACCUUAAACAAUGACGUUGGGACUUCUUCCCUAAUCAAUCGUAUCUGGCUUCCAAAUUUAAAUACAGUUUUAUAUAAGCAAUGUAUGAUUUCUAUUGUUUUUCUUAUAUGUAUUUUCUAUAUAGAAGUAUCAUUACUUAAUUUCCCAAGCAAAUCAGUUUUUCCUAAAUUGAAAGUUAGCCUUUGUUGAAUGCUAUUUUAACACAGAAUAACAGGAGUAUUUUUGCAAAUAUAACUAUCUGCUUUAAUAAAGAUGGAGACACCUUGAACUACACACACACACGCAAACACACACACACACACACACACACACACACACACACACACACACAUAUACUUUGACACAUACUUUCAGGUAAUAGUGAAGAAUGAAGAACCUGAGGGAAGCAUUACUUUAGCCUGGUAGCUUUCUUAAUUAUCAUUACCCCUUUAUGAUGCUAUUUGCAGCUGAAUAACUAGUUUCUCUCUCCCAGCCAUGACUUCCUUCUGUUCAUCCCUGCAGUGGAGGCAGAAUCCUGUGUGUGUGACACUGCAAUCUGUCACAUGGUAUGAUUGUAAUCCCCACACAUUCAGCAUUAGCCAUACCAAGUGUAAGGAAAAGAAGAACAAUAUCCUCCACACUUAGUUAAAAUGUCAUGGAAAACUGUGAAAAACACACACACAAAGUGUUCAGGGUGUCCAUUUUUCAGCAUGAUGUAUUUUUAGUUUUCUGCAGCCGGCAAGUCUUAAUUCAAACCAAAGAAAAAUAUCAAUGGACUGCAUAUGGUACACUUCUCAGCAUCUUUAAACAUAUUUGAACCAAGCAACAUCAUCCUUAAAGCAUUUUCUAGGACUAAACUAUAACUGCUCACAUUUAUAAUGCCUCCAAACCAGGGAGUGAAAAGGAACCUGGAAGAAACAUUGCCAAGCCAUCCUCCUGUCUUUCUGGAUGCUGUUUCUCAGUCUUUUUGUGGGUCCUUACCUUGGGCCUCUUCUUGUUUAUGGUUGUUCAUGUUUACGCCCACUCCCCAGACGAUCUCAUUCAGAUCCAUCUACAUAAUGGCUCCCAAAUUCAUGUCACUAGAUUAGCCUUCUUUCUUGAAAUUUGAAUUCAUAUAUGCAGCCACAUACUUGACAUCUCCACUUGGGUAUGUAACCAGCAGCUCAAACGUAAUGUGUCAGCCAUGUCCAGUCACCAAUCCCCAAAUCUGCCUUCUCAUCUGAGUUCAUGGUAACUUCAUUUCUCUAGUUGUUUUGCCCCAAACACCAUCACUGACAAUAAUCUGUGUAACAAGCCCCAAAUGUCUUGUUGUCCUACUUCUACAACUUCCAUAGAGUUAUAGUGGAGAAGCAUAUUUUUAGUAAUAUCUAGUGUUGAAAGUACUAGAAUCAUUUGUUGCAUAUUGCAAAGGGAGCAAGAAAUGGAAUUCACAAUAAUAAUAAAGUGAGCAAAGAGCCAAAUUUUAAUACAACUUUGUUUAUGCAGUGGGGCUCAAAGAAUGACAGGAUAGAUGAAUAAAUAAAGGAGUGUGGUAUUUAUAAUACAUCAAUGUCAGUAUUUCAAGUGUAGUCACCGUUUGACAAUGCAGAAAAUGGAUGUAAAUAUAGAAUAAUUAGACCUCCAUUCUUAACCUAGAAAAUCAAAUUCUUUACUCUCAUCUCCCUAAGUCUUUUGUUUUGAACACUUAGCUUGGUAAAUUGUGUCAUAUAAAUGCAAACAUUUUUCAGGUUUGUAGAGUACCUAGUAUAAAGUUAGUAAAAAAAAUCUGUUCGAGUAUUGUUUUCCCCCAGUGUGCAGUGCAUUUAUUGUUUAAACAACUUACCUAGCUAAUGUUCAUUUGUAAAUAGUUCACAAGGAACUAUUAUUUAUCAGUGUGUGAGCCAUUAAACUCACACUGUAGUACAUAAUUACAUAUAAGUAGUAGAGAAUGCUCCAAAGUGUUUCUCUGCCAGGUAAAUGUUCAUCACAAACAUGUACAAGGUAUAUUGAUGAUUUUUCCAAACUCUAACUGUUGGCUUAGCCUAGAAAUGAUUACCUUUUGCAGACUAGUAAAGUGUUGCAAUUAUGUUUUUAAUGCAUAAAAGUUUGCAAUAAUGUUUUUAAUGCAUAGCAUUAUAUGGGGAACAAAUUAUUUUGAAACAGUCAAAUAUUGAAAUAGGGAACAAAUUAUAUUAGAACAGUCAAAAUAUUAAGAAAAUAUUUGUGACACAAAUAACGUUUCUUUGAAUGUUAAUAACAAACAAGAUCUAGCAGUUGGUCUAAAACUGCUAUAAUUUCAAAAUAGUGAUAAGAAAAUUUCUAGGUAUCUUCAAUACAUAUAAAUAUGACAUUAUUAAAAUAUCUGUGAUUUCUGUUGGCGACAAAGUCAUAGAUAUUGCUAAUAAUAAUGUUGUUGGUUGCCUACAUUCAUAUUGGAAGGAAAUGAUGAAGUUUGAGUUAUAGAUUAAUAAAAAUAAAAAUGGAUUUUUUUUCAUCCAAAUUUUCACCUCCCACCCCCCUUGAAUUCUAACAGAUCUCUUUUGGGUGAUAUUCCCUAUGUAAGAAUGCCUGAUUUAGCCCCUCUCUUGAUUAAAGGCUUUUAAUGCAUCAAAAUGGUGUUUUUUGAGCCUGUCAAAUCACACUUGUAUUUUUCUUUUCCUCUUGGAGGAUUGAUGUUUGGAUUAAAAAAUAUAUAUCCCUUUUGUAAAUAUUAACUGUCAUCUUUAGCUGUGAUAGAUAUUCACUUAUCCCAGGGUGGCACAUCCAUAAAUACAUUCAUGUUUCUUUCCGUGUUUCUUCCCAUAUCCUCAGUAAAAAUUUAAGUCUCCUGUGUGUUCUCCAAAUUAGUUAACAGAAAGCAUUUGCUUAAAUGUAAUUCUCCUUUGUGAUGCUUAAUCAAAAGAAGAAUGUUUUCCCCCAGCUUUUUCUAACUUGACACAAGAAAUAGCUUCAAGUUUUUUCAGUGGGACUCAUUAUGUGGUUGCUGAUUGGUGCGAUCUGCUUGUUUGGGGUGAUUGAUACUUGCUUCUAGAAUACCAGGAAAGGGAGCUUUGCCAAAUUUAGAAGUCGUCCCACCCUUAUGCAGUCUAUAGUUUUGACAGAAAAAAAAAUGAGGCUUUGAGUAUUUAAAUUGGUUUGCUUGGCAAAUACAGCUCCAAAGGCUUCUUAGAGAUCCCAUAUUCUUAAAAAUUAAGCUUGAGGGGCGUGUGGGUGGCUCAGUCGGUUAAGCGCGGGAUUUUGGCUUACGUCAUCAUCUGGAGGUUCAUGGGUUGGAGCCUCCCCUCUGGCUCUGUGCUGACAGCUGAGAGCCUGGAGCCUGCUUUGUAUUCUGUGUCUGCCUCUCUCUCUCUCUUCCCCUCCCCCCUCAUGCUCGCUCUCUCUCUCUCUCUCUCUCUCUCUCAAAAAAUGAAUACACAUUUAAAAAAAUUUUUUUUAAUUAAACUUGAUAACUCCAGUAACUCGAAUUAUAUUAGGACUUCUAGAUUUCUUUCUUUCUUUUUACUUUUUCUUUCUUUCUUUUUUCUUGCCUUCAAUAAAGAUUAAUCCCUUGGCAAAACAAUUAAGGGCUUAAAUGAACCUGGGAUGUGUAAAUGCUAUGCUGAGAUCUUAGCACCCUAACACAGGUUCUGUCAUUAACCCAGGGUUUAUUUGGAUCAUAAAGAACUGCUCUAGGUUUAGAAGACCUGUGUAUCAUCUUAAUUUUACUUUUGUUAGUCCGCAGGGCUUGUCACUUAAUUACAAGUCUCUUAAGUUUCUAUGAUUGCAAAACUCACCUUAUAAGAUAUGAUACUUACCUAAUUUUCCUUAGCUCACUUAAAAAUAAGGAAAGAAAGGAUUUUCAACACAUACAUCAGGAAAUGAUGGAAAUUAAUAUUGAAUGAAUUAGUCUAUGGCAAUUAAUUUUAAAUCACUGAGGACUCUAACACCAAUAGUAUACAAAAUAUGAAUUGAUGCUUUGGAGUAUAACUUAAAUAAGCCACAGAUCUGAUCUGCUUAAGAUUGUGUCCAUUUAGCAUGUCUAAUGCUUACAGUCAUUUUUAUUCAUUCAAAAAUAUUUAUAAAUAUUUACUGGACACCUACAAUGUCAUAGGCAUGGUGCCAGGUAGGCCAAAAACAAAAUGGAUAAAUUGUGGGCCCUUCCCUCAGUGAGCUCACAGGGUAGGGAGGAGGGAAAGCUUAAACAUUCUUUAAGAACACUGCUGUUUUUAUUUUAAGGUACCUCCCUUCCAUCUCUAGAUGUUAUAUCUUUACAUAUCCUUUCCUUCCCUUGGAACCAGACUGGAACUACAGAAGAAAAUUAAAAACACGUUCAGUAUCAAUGUUGUUAUUUCAUAGGCUAACAGUAAAGAAUUAGGCUAAGAAACACGUGUCUUAUUUUUAUAGGAUUUCAGUAUUGGUAUGAGUCACAGACUGAGAGGAAAUUAUUCUAUUAGAAUCCUUUGAUAUGAAAAAGCACUUUCUCAGUUUCUUAGCAUUUUGUCACUUUACUCACCAUUAGUUUCUACCUUCUGAGGGAGGAAACUACUAAAAAGGAAAAAGAAUUGAAAUUUUAAUAAAUUCGGUUCUUAUAAGGCUUUUGACAAUGAGGUCAAAAACUUUGAGAUGAAUAUUGUAUUGUCAGGAGUGGGUUUUGCUGCUUUACCUAGUCAUGUUUACUUUGAAUUAUUUCUUAUCAAGAGAGUUAAUUAACAAUUGCAGUAUUUAAUUCAGCUUUAAAAAGAAUCAUUAGCCCAUUCAUCCAAGAAAGACCAACAAACUGUUCUUACUGUUUAUGAAUUCUUGUUUACACCACACAAUGUUAGCUUCUCCAACAGGAUAACUCUCGGUGAAAGAAACGGAUAAAAAUGUUUAGGAUGGACCCCAGUCAUGUAGAGUCCCCCUCUUCCCCCAAAUAAGGGAUAGAGAGAAAGGGAGAAAUAGAAGACUAGACCAUGAGAGACAAAGGAUGGGAAUGAAAUAGGAUCAAUGGAAGGCAUGGUAAUGGGGGAAACAGACUGAAAAAGAAAAACAGCUACAAUCAAGGUAAGAGUUUUCUAAGUGCCUGGAAUUAAGUGGUAAGACAGAUGAUGGGGUUAGAAAAAAUUCAGUUUGGAGUCUAUUGACUGCUACAGACUUAAAGAAGACUUAUAAGACUGGAAGAAAUCAAGACUAGCAAAACUAAGACAAGCAAAAUUCAAGAGAAAUGAGUUUUGAAGGCACUUUUUAUGUAAAAGCAUUUGAGAAAACAAUGUUUAUAAACUAGAUAAUUAGCAGUCAUCAUGCUUUUGGAAUAAAAGACAACUGGGAGGGUGAGAAUGGGAUGGGGGAGAAAAGACCCAUGUCUCAGCAGUUUUUGGAAGUUGAAUUGUUUGGGGGGACAAGAGUCCAAAUGAAGUUCAUUUCCAACUUUAUUAUGAAAACAAGAGGAGGAAAGUUUUCUCAGUUUUGAAGGCGUUGUGAAAUUACUAUGUGUUUUAAAAUGAACCC